AGAGGUAAGAUGGCGGCGGCGCCUCCUGCUCGCAAUGCGGCCCGAUCUACCCCUCAGCGCGGCCCCCGAGUGCUUCUCCAGGGCUCCUCCGUCCUGAACCGUGCCGGGGGCGGGUUUCCUCCUGCUCUGCGCUCCGGCAGCGCUGCCUGGGCGCCCCUCAGGGGUGCCCCUCACGCCCGCCGCCCGCGGACAAAAUGGCGGCGCCGGGGCUGCGGGAGCGCGCAUGCGCGGGAGCGCGGCGGCAGAGCACGUGCGCGGGCGGAGGGGCGCCGGGACGGACCGGGAUGGGCACCGGGAGAGAGGCUGGGAUGGACCGGGAUAAAGCCGGGAAUAUACCGGGAUGGGCACCGGGAGAGAGGCUGGGAUAGAGCGGGAUGGGCACCGGGAUAAAGCCGGGGAUAGACCGGGGUACGCACUGAGGAACACCGGGAUAGAAGCGGGAAUAGACCGGGAUGGGCACCGGGAGAGAGGCUGAAAUAGAUCAGGAUGGGAUCGGGAUAAAGCCAGGGAUAGACCAGGGUACGCACUCGGGGACACCGGACUAGAGGCGGAAAUAGACCGAGAUGAGUCCCAGAAAAGACCGGGAUAGAACGGUUCAGGCUGGAUGGGCAGCGGGGAUGCACCGGUACGGAGGCGUGGGUGAGCACCGGUAGCAGGGCAGGACGAAUCACCGGGAUAUGUCGGGAUAGAGGCAACGAUGGGCACUGGGAGCAGCGAGGAGAUACACUGGGGGUGCACUGGGAGAAGAGGAUCCCCCACAGAUUUCUGCAGGGCUAGCAGUUCCUUCGAACAUUAUUGGGAAUUACCUCCUUAGGAGCAGCCUCAUCUUCUGCUGAAGGGCAUCAGCAUGAACAGGAUCCGGAUUCACGUGUUGCCAACGAGCCGAGGCCGCCUGACCCCGGUGCCACGGCCACAGGAGCCCCUGGCCUGUGCCUUUGCCCCCCGGCCCUGCUCCCAGCCCCGCCUGGAAGGGCAGGAAUUCUGCAUCAAGCACAUCCUCGAGGACAGGAAUGCUCCCUUCAAACAGUGCAGCUAUGUGUCCACAAAGAAUGGGAAGCGUUGUCCCAAUGCUGCUCCCAAACCUGAGAAGAAGGAUGGCACCUCGUUCUGUGCCGAGCACGCCCGGCGGAACGCGCUGGCGCUGCAGGCUCAGGUGAAGAAAUCCAACCCCGGGCCCGUGGGCGAGACCCUGCUGUGCCAGCUGAGCUCCUACGCCCGGGCAGAGCUGGGCUGCCAGAGCAGCGAGAGCAGCCGCAGCGAGGCCAGCCGCAUCCUGGACGAGGACAGCUGGAGUGACUGUGAGCAGGACCCUGUGACCGUGGAGCAGACGUGGCGUGGGGACCCCGACAGCGAAGCCGACAGCAUCGACAGCGACCAGGAGGAUCCCCUCAAGCACGCUGGGGUGUACACGGCCGAGGAGGUGGCUCUGAUCAUGCGGGAGAAGCUGAUCCGCCUCCAGUCCCUCUACAUCGACCAGUUCAAGCGCCUCCAGCACCUGCUGAAGGAGAAGAAACGCCGGUUCCUGCACAGCAGGAAGGGAGAGCACGAGGCCAUCGGGAGCAGCCUGCUGACAGGGCCAGAGGGGCUGAUGGCCAAGGAGAGGGAGAACCUGAAGAGGCUCAAGUGCCUCCGGCGCUACCGGCAGCGCUACGGGGUGGAGGCUCUGCUGCACCGGCAGCUCCGCGAGCGCAGGGUCCUGGCCACCGACGGCGCCGCCCAGCAGGCACACACCACCCGCUCCAGCCAGCGCUGCUUGGCCUUUGUUGAUGACGUGCGAUGCUCCAACCCGUCCCUCCCCAUGACCCGGCACUGCCUCACACAUAUCUGCCAGGAUACAAACCAGACUCUGUUCAAGCCAUGCCAGGGCUCAGAGGAAGUUCCCUGCAACAAGCCUGUGCCUGUGAGCCUGUCUGAGGAGCCCUGCUGCCCCCUGCACCUCCGGCUGCCCCCCCAGAUGUACGUCCCAGAGCAGGUCCUGGCUGUGCCCCAGGAGCUGGGAGCUGCUCCCACGGAUCUGUACCUGAGUGCUGCUGAGCUCCAGCCCACCGAGAGUUUGCCCCUGGAAUUCAGUGAUGACCUGGACGUGGUGGGUGAUGGGAUGCAGUGCCCCCCCUCCCCUCUGCUCUUUGACCCUUCUGUGACCCUCGAUCCGUCCCUGAGGGACAUGGCCGAGGCUCCCAUCGACAUCCUGGCGCUGGAGGAGCCGGACAGGGGCAGCUCCUCCUCCACCCCGCUCGUCCCUCCUGCCGAGGGCCCUGCACAGAGUCACCUCCCGUUCCAGCCAGGGCCCCGGGAUGAGCAGCAGCCGGAGGAAACGGCCUCGUCCACCCCGGCCAACGGGAGCCUGGAGCCGGGGGCCGUGAGCUGAGCCCCCAGCACCGGGGUCCCCACGCCCAGGGGACCCUCAGCCUGGGAUUUGGGGCCACUCGUGUGUGGAAUCCUGCUCCAGUGCCAGGAUGAGCUGCAGCUCUGGCUCCUCCGCUGAUUCCUGGACCCUGAAACCCCAGACGGGAUCUCCAGAUCUUCGUGUCCUCUGUGGGGAUGGAGCCACGGGAGGCUGGGGAGGGGAAUCGCUGGAGUUGUGGAAUCCUUCACCACGCCCCGAUGUGCCCUGGGGGGGAUGAUGUGGCCGUGGCGUGUUUUGGGGGGACAGAGGUUCCAUCCCGCGGGGUCCCCCACAAUAAAGUGAUGGAGAUGGG